AUGAGACGCUGGUCAUCGAUACUCCAGAUGUGGCUGCCGCAGAACAGACGUAAAGAUGGGCGGUUGCCAAAAGGCAACGAAAGCCAAGAGGCGUCUGCUGUCGUCCCCGCGGCGCUGUGGCAGGUCGCCGACAAGCCCACGCUGCCGACAAUGAUCGAGAUUCCGGGCCGUCAGCGUGCUCUUCUGCUGCACGGCACAAAGCAGCCCUAUCAAGCCACAGAGGAUCAUGCCAUCCCCGAGCUGCGGGGGGAACAUGAGGUCCUGGUGAAGACUCAUGUGAUCGGGCUCAAUCCAAUUGACUGGAAAUCACCAGACUAUGGAUUCGGUAUUCCAGAACUGCCCUUUAUCUCUGGCCGUGAAUCAGCCGGCACCGUUGUCAAAGUCCAUGACGCACAGUCCCGGUUUAAGCUCGGCGACAAGGUGCUCGUCAUCUCCACAGAUUAUCGAGAUCUGCGCAAGGCUACAUACCAGGAGUAUGUCGUCGCCGCUGACUUCAACCUCGCUCAGAUACCGCCCCAGCUCAGCUUCGAACAAGGCGCUACCCUGGGUGUUGCCUUCGCUGCUGCCGUUCUGGCCCUCGGAAUUUGCAUGGGCGUUGACUUCACCAAGGCCCUGGACGGGCCAGAUUUGUGGACACUCGUCCGAAAGGUGCCAGAGAACGCACUACCGAGCGACAUCCGCGACGAAUGCCUCCACGGCAUCAACGAGGAUGAGCGACCUGUGGCCGGUGAUUGGAUAGCCGUAUGGGGUGCCUCUUCGACGUCAGCUAUGCUGGCUGUCCAGUUAGCACGGCUGGCGGGCCUGCGCGUCAUCUCCAUUGUCGACAAGGCCAAGCAUGGCCUGCGCCUAUCAGAAGACCCCAACCUGCGGCCCGACAUUCUCGUGGACAGUCACGACCCAGUUCGGGCAGUGCAGAUCAUCCGGGGCAACCUUCCCCAUGGUCAGCUGCGCUUCGGCCUCGAUACACGCGGCCGUGAAUCCGCCGAGGCCCUCCUCGAAGCUCUGCGUCCCGACUACACCACCAAGGCCGCUGUCUUGCCCCCAGGAACACCUCCAUCUACGCCGCCAGCUGAGACGGGAAGCUCGGCACAUCUUGUCGGCCUCACUGGGCUGCCCAAGAUUGCACGGCCCAAUGGUGUCGUGUACCACAACGUGCCCAUCAAGCUCUUCCACGAGGUGCCGGAGGUGGGCGGGAAGCUUGUCGUCUGGCUUGAGCGGCUACUCGCAGAAGGAGCUUUGGUACCACCUCGAAUCGUUGACGUGCAGGAUGGUCUGCAUACCGUGAACGACGGCCUGGACAGGAUGCGCAAAGGCGAGAUCCGAGGAGGGAAGCUUGUAGUGAAGGUGAACUAG